AUGUACGGUUUGGGAUCUACCCCUCCUAAACAUGAUCCAUCAGCCUCAAUGGAACCUUACGAUCUCGGAAGAAAUGGAGAUCUGGGUGCUCUCAGUAAUGCCCAACAAAGGGCGACAAAUAAACUCAAGACUCAAACACGGCUAAGUAAUGAACAGUACUUGCAGCAACAUCCGGAAGUGAAGUAUAUGGUGACAGCAUUUUUAAGGGAUAAAUGGAUUAAACAGCCUGAAAAUGCCCGGGAAUACUUCGCUGACUUUUUCACCAGCCCAGAUCUUUUAAAAAACAUCAAGACAGUGAGAAAGGAGUAUGCGGAUAUGUACCAGGAUGAUGGCGUCAUACGUUCUCUUGCUAAAGAAGAUCUUGAUUCGGAGGUUUAAUCGUAUAGUUUCUCAAAAACAAGAGAAUUUCAUAUAACUUGAAUCUAGGAGUUCCGCGAAUAUGAUUGUAAUUAUGAUCUGCGUUAAUCUCAAAUAUACCCUGGAGGAGGGUCAGUUGUAUUGAGUUACACCUUUCCCCACAACGCUAUAUUGUCGUCAAACUGCAAAGCUUUCAAGUGUAAUUAAUGUUACAAAGGAUAAUUUGGUCAAUAUUUCACUAAUACCUUUACUAAUUAUAUCUAUUAUUAUUAUUAUGAUUAUUAUCUCUUUUCCAUUGACGACGGUACCGAAGGACUAACUGGUGAAAGGAUCAACUCCAUUCACAGUAGUAACAGUCUUAACACACUUCAUACUACAAAUCCCAUAUAAUUAACCCCAGCACUACUCCUGUUGGAGUCAACCAAAGUUACGAAAGUCGAGUGGCGGGACGAGCUACACAGACGUUUACCGAAGAUCAGGAACCUCUAUCUCACAAUCAAGAGGCGAGCACAAAGAAAUCAAAUUGGU